UAAUACAGAAACCACGGCACGAAUGGGCCUCCAGAUCACCAAGCACUCCAGAGUAAAACAAGCUAAUAUACUGAUGUUAGGACUUGACUCGGCAGGGAAGUCGACUCUGUUGUACAAGUUCAAGUCUGAUGAAGUUUUUCUGACAAUUCCAACCAUUGGCUUUAAUGUCGAUAUGAUCGAAACUGGGAAAGAUUUUACACUGACCAUUUGGGAUGUUGGAGGACAACAGAAAAUGAGGCAGAGUUGGUGUAAUUUCCUGGAGAACGCAGGAGGACUCGUGUAUGUUGUGGACAGCGCUGAUAAGCGCCGUUUAGAGGAAUCGAAGAAAGAAUUUGAACUCCUUUUAAAGAAUGAAGCUCUAAAAAACGUACCGGUCGUGGUGCUGGCAAACAAGCAGGACCUGCCCGGAGCUUUAAAUGCUGAGGAAAUAACCAGGAGAUUCCACGUGAAGAAGUACUGCUGUGACAGAAACUGGUACGUACAGCCCUGCUGCGCUGUCACGGGAGAAGGUCUGUCGGAAGCUCUCCAAAGACUGACUGCAUUCGCAAAACACUACAGCAGAUCAAAGGAGAUCUCUACAAGUUCUAAGGAGAAUGAAAAACGUUAAGUGUUUUACCAUCUGGUUGUGGUGACUGAAAAUAUUCUGUCGGACAGACUAAAUUAUUUGAUUCUGGGGAACUCUGAGAAGUAAAUAAAUAUUUAUAGAGCACUUGGGCAAUUUUAGGUUAUAUUCUUGUACCUCCAGGUGCUUUGGAGAUGCUGCCGCACUUCACUUUGUUUGCAGCACCAAACUUGGGGUUAUUCAGUACAGAGGUGUGUGUUGAACAGUAAAAAAGGCAGAGCUGACACCUGAAGUUUUGCAGUUGGAAAGAAAAUAGGUGAGCGGUGCUUAAAAUGUUCACGCCAAGUAUUUCUUCAAGAGGUAACAGAGCCAAGCGGCUCCUUCAGCAAGAAAAGCAAGAGAUAACAUGUUGUUUCAUUUGAAGUGCUUUGUGGAUGUAUUUGUUGUACUUAGCUGUUUUAAGCUUAAACUCUUAGUUAAGUACAACAAAAGAUGUAUUUGCUUGGAUAUUACUGCAUUCUAGGACUGAUUACUAUGAUUAGACUUUAACAAGCCAAGCCACAGCUAAAUCUGAGAUGCACCGCUGCAUGUAAGGCGUGGGUCUGAUGGCACACUGUUACCCAUCUCCACGUACCCCCCUGUCCCACUGCUGUUGGUUUGGGGCUGCUGGUCAGCUCUUAGAAAUCGGGAUGGAUCCUGUCCUGCCCGUACCAAAGCCAGCUUGGAUUUUGUUACUGAGUAAUUUAGCUCUGAUUAAAUUUGACAUAAGAAGUGCAACAAAGUGCUAAUCCUAUUACUGCAGUUUGGGGAUUAAAAAAAGAAAGAAAGAAAAAAAAAAGAUUGAAUGGAAUUUCUGUUGAGAUUUCCUGAUUGAUGAAGGAGUGAAUCAGUAUCCUGAAUGCUACUACAGCAAUGAUGGAUUGCUAACUAGAAGACUAAUUGAACUGUACCAACCGUGAAAACAGUUUAAAUGCUAAGAUGGAAAAGUUAAUAGAGCCUGUUCUUUCAUAGGGAAGGGAAAAGAGACCAUCUAAUUAUUGGUUAUACAGCCCCAGAACAUUCAACCCAUCUAUUUCUGCCUUCUUCAGCCAUGCCUGCAGAGCUGGGAUGCUUGUUUAGACACUUGGACUUCUUCUCCCUUGCAUCUCUCUUAAUCCCUGACCACGGGAAGUCCUCCAGUCACUCUGUGCCUCAGCAGUCCCUGGGCAAAAUGAUCCCUGAAAAGCUGUGGCCAAGCUCAGCACGUGUGCCUCAUCUGCAAGAAGUCUGCACUUCAUUCUUACUAAUAAACAGGCAGGAAUUUCAAGUUACAGGAGGGUGAAGAAGGAAGUGAAGCACCCAGCUGUACCCCAUUGUCUCAUGCAUGUAUUAUUCAAAGACAAGAAGCCAUCGGGUGAAUUCCCUGCAGUGGUGAACAAAGGAAGCUUUCUCAGCAGAAGCUGGUAUUAAUACUGGCAGUAAUUACUGUGGGCUAAAUCCUGAGUCAUGUUGAGCCUACAGUUCCAAAAGCAGAGCAGGUCUGUAGGCUCCUCAUUGCCUGGGCCAUUCAUUCAGAGUCAGUGUCAAAAACCUUCUAGCACAGAAAAUGUAUCUGAUAAAUGUGCUACCGUGGAAAUGUUAUUUUUCUAAGCUCGACAAUUAAAUGUUAAAAAUGUAACAUUUCAGAUCAAUAUGUUUAUAAACAUUUGUAUGAGUGUGAUGCAUAUUUAAUUCUCCCACUAGUUUAAUCUGAUCAGGGGUCUGUUAUAAAUCAGGAUCUGGUUCACUGGCCUCAGGACUUCCUCAGAGAGAAAUACUCAGUGAGAGAUUUAAUGAGUGCACGGGGUCUCCAAUUAGACCAGCAGCAAGUUCUGAAGGGAGAAACAGCACAGUGUGAUUGACCAGCAGAUAGAGCUGAACUGCAGAGUGAGCUCUCCAGCACAUGGCUGCUAUUCCAGGUCAUCAGAUUAAAUGAUGCCCACACCGAUGGGAAGAAAAUCUUCUACACUGCACUUCAAAGGAAAUCAGAGUUUUUCACAUUCACUCAAUAUCAAGUUUUUUUUUUUUUAGUUUUUCUAAGGCCUUGGCCUCCUCAAGAAAUGAAGCCACGGCCAUUUUAUCUGCCUACAGAGACCCCUUCCCUUUUUAAGCCUUAAAACAAAUAUCAAUCAAGUUGGACAUAGAGAAGGAUUCUCAAAGGAAUUGCAUGCUUGAAAGUUUAAUUAAAAGAAUCAAUGAGAUAGAGAAAAGUGACCGCACUGGUGCCCCCACUGAAGGCAGGGCUGAUAAGGUACAAGAGACUAAUCUCCCAGGGGAUAAAUGUUCCAUUUUAGCUGCAGGAGAACCAACAAGAAGACAUAAAUCCACAGAGCCCAGCCUUAAUUAGUUCAUUUGCUCCCAGAGCUCCUCCUCGUUGGUAUUUUUCUGUACUGUUUGGAUGAAUUGUAUAUUGGGCUUCUAUGGGAUGAGGAGGUAGUGGGCAUAGAAUCCACUGUUUAAAAUUUCCUUUCUACAACUGGAGUGCUGCCCCCUGCUUGUGCCACGGGACUGUCAGAGGCUGUUUGUAACCCUGCAGCCAAACUGAGCAGCUGAUCAGAUGAAAAGUUCGCAUGGGGGAAGGUUUUAAAGGCACUGGGGUCCCGCCAGCUUUCUACUGGGAUUCUGGGUUUGGAACUCUUUGCAUUAGCUUUUGCAGUGAAUCACACUCUGACUGCACAUCCCCGACCUUACAUUGCCUGCAUAUCUUAUUAUAUCUUUGUCUCUGUUCAGAACGAUCAUCCCUGAGUAAGUAAAUGGCACCCAGCUGAGACUGUGAAACACAAAGGGUGGGUGUGAGAACCCGCAGCUCUCGAGGAGCUUAUUCAGUGGGAAAGGUUUGGGUGUGACAAUUGAGAAAUCAACCAAUAUGGAACAUGAGGAAACCUCCUUCUGACCAUUCACUGAUGACUGUGGUAUAAAAUCACAGUUAUCUUCCUGAAUUUUGGAGCACGUCACAGAGCUGAUUGAACAGCAUUCCAAUAGGAUUCAAUGUUGUUUUAAGGAACCAUGGCAAAUUUGGGCAGUAACACUCCCUCCUUCCUUCGGGAAACAGCUCCUCCAGGUACUGAAUACUCUGCAGAAUCAAAGGACAGGAUAGUGCAGAAGAAAUGCGGCACAAGGCUUUCUCAGUAUCAGGUAAUCUAAGCUGGUUGGGAUACCACACGUCUCUACUGCCAUUCCUCCUAAUUUCAGACAACCUAACUGAAAUAACAGAAGAUUUCAUAUAUCAGAACAAACAUCCACCUGUUUUUAUUUGCUUAGGACAUUCAGAAGCACUGUGUCCAUGUUGAAGUGCUUAAAGUAGACUUUCUCCUUAAAGCAAAUGACCCAUGCAAAGUUCUGUGCUGCUACAAUUAGAGUUCUCACACUUGUAAUUAACUCAGGCAUUCCUAUUAAGCACAGGCAGGAGGAUUCCGGACAUUUAUCUCAUCAGAUCAGAGUGGAUUAUUUAAGUGUCUGUACUUCAGGAUGUCGAUUCCUGAGGAUGGAGGCCCUACUUUAAAAGCACACACCAUACUCUGGGUACGAUUUGCAAAUACAAAUUCAUAAAACUAUAACAAUUACAAACAAACCUUAUGUUGAAUACAAAUGACUUCAACAAAUCAUGCUUUACCUCCUGCCUUUGUUCCCGCAGCGUUCUGUGACCCUCUAGUUCUGCUCACAGCGGUGCAGUUUACCUGCAGUGUCACUGUGCUACUCCUGGAGCGAAGCUGUGCUGCCAUAAAGGGACACCCCCCUCCUGCUCUGCUCCCUGACCCUCCCCAGGUACACAGCUACACUCGCAGGUCUCAGCACAGCAGAGAUUUUCUCACUUUCCCACUGUUUCAAUAGUUACCACAGAAGCAAUGGCAGUUUCUGUGGUCUCUUUAUUAGAUUUUCAUUGAGCGUUUGUGUGCUUGCUCUCAUGCUGCUCCUUAUACUUGGGAACAAUAACCCAAAUGCAUUUACAGAACUAUUUCGUUGUUUCCUUCCAGAUCCUUCCUUAAAGCCAUCCCUUCCCACCAUGUCCGCAGAGAUCCCGACAACAGCUCUCCUGCUUUUAUUUUAUUAUUGCCAUGUCUCCUCUUUUAGCCCCCAGAAUGUGCUUUCUUUGGUCCAAAGAUCAUCUCUUUGUUCUUUGUUUCACACACUGCCUGAUUGAUGAGAAGAUUGUUGAGGAUUUACGGUGUAAGGUUCAUUGUAGCUAAAUGUAUAUAGCUGCUCACAAUAGGAAUGUUUGUGUAUUCUUCAGUUACUUACACAUGUUGCAGGCAGCACAAGAGCGUAAAAAUACGGCUUGAUUUGCUCUGGUUUAUUUCCUUAUCAAAGAAGAUCAAAUAAAAUGAGAAAUAAUCUGCUUCAGACAAGGUAUAUAAGGAGUUACGCAGGAGGGGGACUGAGAGAAGAUACGUAAUGAAACACAAUGGAAAAAUAUAGACUAAAGAAAAAUCAGUGGGAAGCGCUCCCAGGGCAAACAUAGCAGUCGGUGUGUGCAGAUAAACUGAGCAACAGGCAGCAAAACAAACAAACAAAUCAUGCUGCAGCCACCAACCCUUGAGCGUCUUUCACAUUGCCCUCUUAUAAGUGGGAUCAGAAGCCUAUUGGUAGUUUAAAAUCAACAUUAAAUGCAUGCCCACUUUUGCCCACAUCCGUAACCACACAAGUAUUCUCUCUGUGUUAAUUACACACAAAAGGAGAUUAUUUCCAUAGAUUUCAGCCCCCCAAACCACGUCUCCUCAGAUAAAAGGUGGUACAAAUAGCUGACUCCCUACAGCAGCUCUAAGUAUUAUCAGUCAAUUAUUUAAUCCCAAUUAAGAAUAAUUAAAAUAUGUUGCACCAUAUCAAGAUCAAACCUGGAAAUGAGAUACACAUUCAUUUCCUAAUGAAAUGAAUAAAACUGCUCUUCUGUCUGUCCCGCAUGAGAAGACACUCGUGUUUCUCAGCCAUCACCUGCUCAGUGAGGGCUGGACUUCACACCUUUCCUUUUCUAAAGCAAAGAUCUUCCAAAGAGUCACUUGGUUCAUUAAGCCUUUAAAAUAACAAUUUAUUGCCUAUGCUAAUGGGCAAACAGAUGCACAGUGUUAGGUUUUGUGUUAGUACAAAGCCCCUGUAGGGCUCUGGGUAAAAUUAAAGCUCAGUACUGGAAAUCCUUAUCUAAACUGAGCAACAUUACAAAAACAUUUGAUAAAGGUCAGUAUUUCCACACUGAGACAUCUUGUGGCACAUAAGACAUACUGCAGUUAAUACAAAUCAAACGCUCCGACUGUAAAUUCAGAUGGUGGCAACGUGAGCUUGAGAUCGUCCUGUUCUGAGAGGUUUAUACAGCACGGAGCUACAAAUCUGCACGCUCCUUUUUCAGCCACUACCUGGUUAAUUCCAACAGCGAUGGAACAUCUUCAGAUAUGAAGCACUCACAGCCCAGUGGUAACAAAUUCAGCUCCUCAGGAAAUACCCCCAUUUCAUUCCACCUUCAGAUGACUGUUUCAAAAUCACUGCAUUGGGGAACAGAAACUUCCCAAGGGUGCAUGUUUCCUCAGAGAAGCAUCCAAACAGAGCGAUGCGUUUACUUUGAUAUUUGACCUGCACAAAAAAUCUGCUGUUUUAAACCGCUUCAAAUGUAAAUAUUCCAAAUAACUCCAAACUCUGUGCUCUGAAAUGUUCGACAUUCCUCCAUCACAAGGUUUUUCUCAAAUAACUUAAUCUGAGGAAGUUAUUUCGAGUUCUCUCAUUAACCAUUCUUCUUAUUCUGCUCAUUUCUACUUCAUUGGAUCAUCUCAUCCUCUUGCAGCCCUUCCAACCCAUGCAGACAAGUGUACCACCAGUGAGGAAGAGGCCAGAAGAGCUCCCUGAUAUACAAGAGACCUUCAGUGAGUGAUUAUUUAUAUCAUUAACACAGAACCCUCUUCUGCGUGUGUCUUCCUUUGCUUACCAACCUCACUAACCCAGCGGGCACAAAGACAUUGUGUGUUUCCUUGUAAUUAAAAACCCAUUCAACAUGUUGGCAAUGUAAUUCACACCUACAGCAAAUGGUACGAUGUCUUUCAUAUUUGCUUCACGGGGUUCUGAUUUAUUUACAGCAUGUAAAUGCCGAGAGGAUUAAAAACUGUUUCUAUCUCAUGGGAAUCCCUCCUGCAAUCUGGUCUAUAGGAGCUGUGAUUGUAUGUCAUGGAUUUCUUAAGAUGAAUAAUGAGCUAAAGUUAACAGAACAACAAGCCUGACGUUUACUUGAAACAUCUCUUAAAGUUACAGAGGGUUGAGUGUAGCUUUCAAAGAAACUGGAUUUAAUAUUUGAUUGUUGUGUUGCUGGUGCGAGGUAGUUUCGUUUAGUAAAUUCAAGAGUAAUUCCAUAAUAGCACUCACCCUCAUCUAGCUCUGACAGCCCAUCCUGCCGCUCAACAGCACUGCUAACCCCACUCCUCCUCUGUGCCAGCAGCAUUGCUCUCCUGCAGGAGCACCACAGAACUCUGCCCUGUCUGUCUCACAGACUGAAUAUCACAACUGAGAAAGGACAAGAGUUACUCCAUUGCUUAUUAGGAUGUAAUUAUGUGCUCCUAAACCAGAAUUGCCAUUAACCUUAAAAUGAAUUUUCACAUGAAGUAGUGAUUUAUAAGAGCUCUGAAUUACAGUGCAUAAGUAAAAGGAGAUUUUAAUAUUAAAAGAAGUAAUGAACACUAUAAGAAGGAGUUUAUCUAGGUGAUCUGAUAGAAGUACAGAGUUCUUGAAGCUACUAAAACUCCACGUAGUUCAGGAAAAUGAUGUGGCCAUUAUUGCCCCUCCAGAAGAAAAGCUGAAACAGAAAUAUUACCCUUUAUCAGACAUCAGGAAAUAAAGGAGAGCUCGGUCACAAAUCCUUACCAGAAUGGGCCUCGUUAGUGCUGCUCAGAAGUACUCAUUUUCUUCAUUAUAGUUUAACAAAGAGAUAUGCACAGUUAGAGUAUUUUCACAUCUCGACUCAACAUCAAUCCUCCAGCCUUCUGAAAUCCCAAACUCAGUUAUGUAUUCCAGUUCCCUUGCAAAAUUAGACUGAAACACGGCAUUGAAAAUAGCAAUCUGCAUCUGGACAUUUACAUAUUUGUCGCAUAAAAGACACAUCUCAGAUCUGAUGCCAUUUUAUAUGCUAAAUUCUGCUCAAUGGCAGCAUCAACAGCCAGAAUCAUAGAAGGGCCUCAGUUGAAAAGGACAGCAAAGACAAUCUAGUUUCAACCCACCUGCCACAGGCAGGGUCACCAACCAGCAGACCAGGCUGCACAGAGCCACAUCCAGCCUGGAAAGAAGUAACACAGCUUAAAAUUCCCAUUCCCAUGUGCAGAUAAAUUGUUUUUCCUUCUAAGAACCAUAACAGAAUUCACCUAAAACAAGAAAAGAUUCUUUUCACUGUGGUAUCACGGGCAGAGAACUUGGUUCCAGGGAUUCUUUAGAAGGGAUUUCUUUUUAACAUGGACACAAUACAUCCCCAAGCCUUGCAGGGAACACUGAAACAGCUCAUUUAACCAACGAUUUCCUCGCUUUUUAUCUCAAAUAAACUUUUUUGCCCCGGUAUUUAUUAGGAAAUUGUUGUCUUUGAAAGGUAGAGCUGCUAAAACAAAGACAGGAAACUCAGCUCCACAAUCUGCUGAUCCCUGCUUGCUUCUCCUUUAGCCAUUUGCAGCUGAUGGAUUCUGUGAUCACUUCCAGCACCAAGAAACCCCCUUGGCAAGAGGCACUGCAUGAUCCAUGAGCCUGUCUUUGAACGAUCUGAUCAUUAAAAGCCAAAUGUACAGAGACUGGUGAAUUUUUCCACAGUUCAUUUUAAAUCAAAAGCAAUCUCAAAAUAGAAGGUUAUAUUAAAUACAAAGUUAUAUUAAAUCAGAAUAACUGAGCUCAGGCGUAGGUUCUUGUAAUGCUCCAGAUAGAUCUGACAGCCCGACCAUAAAUUCUCCCACGAAUGCCUGCAGUCAUGUGGGAGCCCUACGUUUAUUUUCUAAUCACGAGAGCAGAUGUUCAGCUGAUGUGAAUCAGCAAACCACCCCCGAAGCCAAAGGAACUACCUUUAAUUUGUACCAUCUGGGGAUCUGUUGUGCAGGCUCUUUCUGAAGGAAAAGAAUGCAGCGUUAUCUCAGAACUGAUCUCACAGUAGCUUCCAAAAAAAUGGAAAAGGAAAAUAUCUAAAGCUCUUUAACUAGAAAGAAGUUCUCAUUAUGUGGUGGUUCAACUUCAAACAGGCCGUGUGGGAGGACGUCCCCGGGACAUUUAUAAUACUUUGGUUCUAAGUAAGCAUAGAAAAGAAAGUCUGGUGAAGGACAGCGGUAAAUGAGUGAGAGCACUAAAACUCAUUUGGCACAGUGACAUCAACAGGCCUUUGGAUUUAUUAACAUCUGAUAUGGGCUGGUGCUCAAACCAAGUGCAAGAACAUCCCUCAGUAAUUUUUAGUGCAUUGUGCAACAUGAUGACAGUGUUAUAAAUGGUGUUGGAUCCUACCGAGUUUGGGACAGUUUAGGUUGAUUUUCAGUUCAGUGCAGUUCAUUGUUCUGAGUAUUUGCAUUGUUAGAAAGUAGGUUUCUAAGCACUGCUCCAGCUGAAGGGUAGUUCUUGUAAGCAGGAAUACAUUGGGUUUUUCUCUAAACACAGCAAAGCUAAAACACAAUGUAGCCAAUGACUCUAAAUUCUAGUUGUAAAAUGGAAACAGAAAAAUAAAGGGGACACCCACAGCUUUUGGAUGUGACAGAAGCAUCCCAUGGCAUGAGAGAAUGGCCCCCACGUGAGAGUGAAUUUAGCCCAAAGAUAUGAGAGCUGUUACAACCUCAGAAAGUUCCCUAAACGUUAUUUCUGCUCAUGCACUGUAGCAGCACCUGGCAUUGACUGCAUGGGCUGGAUUAUCUUUCAAUGCAGGGUAAAUCAUUUCUCCCCCAGCCCUGGCUGCAGAGCAGCACUGUGUUGCCUUCCUAGGGGUAACUGCAAGGCCUGAGAUGAACACAGACACUUGUCAAGGGUGGUUACAUUUCAAAACAUGAGAUUACUGCACUACAUGUUGUGUAUAGUCAAGAGUUCGUGGUCUGCAUAUUUCACUGCUGUCAUGCAAAGGCCUUUGGGCAGCUUCUAACAAAAAGCAACUUUAAACAGCUGAGUAACAAUUUAAAGAUUGUUUAAAUUUCACUGUGAAAAAGUGAGGAGAGAAUCAAGGCAGAAGGCUGUACUUUGUUUUGGACUGAGUCAUUUAUUUAAGGCAGCAGCAUUCAUGUAUUUCUAGCUCAAAAGGGAUGACAUGCAUCCACCCCAGGUGUUUCUUCAGUGCACAGUCUGUCAUACGUAACAGCAGCACUCAUAGAGUAGAAAUCAACUUUUCUCUUAGAUUUAAAAGUCAUACUGUCUUUUGCAAAAGCACAACUUUGAAUUAGUUCCCCUGAAGCAACCUGGGGCUGUUAGUUCAGAGGGGAGGCCAGAAAUACAAGCACAGCGUGUGCUGCUCACAGCCCAGUGCUGUGGUGUAGGGUCUGCACAGGCUCACACUAAGGGCUGUGUGCUGCCUUGUUUCUGGCACCGUUACGCCUCCACCUGCCCUCUGCUUCAGCAGAAAAAGGUCUGUCAGCACCUCCAUCUCCCUCCAGAAAAGCUUUUGAUGUUAAGGAGCUACAACAGAGCACUCUGGGGAGAAGUGAGAACAAGUGCAAAAGAGCCUGAGCUGCUUCAUGGGGCCUGAGCAAACUGCGGUGUUUUACUUGAACGGGUCCUCUUCAAUCUUACGCAGUGAGUUCUUUUGUAAUGAUGUCCAUUUCAAAAUGAAGCCCAUUUUGUGAAGCCCAGUUCUGCGUUAUCAACUAUUUUUUAAUGUCUUUCUCAACUGGAGCAGCAUUCACAGCUGAUCCCAGUUCGAGUUCAGGUAUUACUUGGUAAUGGCUGUUUUAAUGUCCAGCAAGCACAGUUGGAUUCCAGACUUGGAAAUGCUGCCUGUAAAAUAAAAGCAUAUAUAGCUGUGUUUGCACACCAAGUAAAAGAUUAUCAGAAAACACCCGACCAGCAGACUAAUAUCUACUUUUUCGUUAAUACUAUUCCAUUUUGAGCCUGAAAAGGCACAUAAGCCCAAGGAUUAAUGAACAUUUUUCUACGUACGAAACAAAUCUUCUCAGCUUUACGUAAUGUUUUGUUCCUUACACUACAGAAAUAGCUUUACUGGCCAUGGUAAGCCAUUUCCAGCAACUCAUUUUACUCAAAUGAACCAAAAUUUCUGCUUUUUGUUAAAGGAAACCACCAGACCAACGUCACGAGAUCAGGAGCUCAGAACUGUUCCUCAAAACAAGCCUUCCACGUGCUGGGAGAUUUGCAAGGCAGAUCCGAGGUAAAAUCAAACCAAUACAAAAAUAAGUUGGUAAUUGUUCCUCUGAGAGCUAAACAGAUUAAUUAGGCUGCAGUUAAACAAAAUGCACUUGAUUAAUCUCUGAUUAUGUCUUCACUUAAGACAGACAGUAAAUUAUUCUUCAGAUGAUACCAGAUGAGAAAUACGGAUCAAAGGCUGCUGAAGGGUAGUCUUCCUCCGAACAUACAUAAUUUAAUAACAGUGAAGCAUGCUCUUGAAUUUUAUAUGAAGGUACAUGGUGAGAAAACUACGCAUGCCAGAAUGGUCUGUUAGAUCUGUGGUCGCAAGGCAGGUGUCGAUUUGAAGGAAGGUUCUCCAAGGAAUGCCGAGUGAUUCUCAGCUGUUUUCAAGUGGUUACUCAUGAGAUGACACGGCUGUUGUUCAGUUCCUCCUUUCGGUCAGUCUUUUUCCAAGAACCGAGAGGUAGUGCUAAGAGAGAUGAUUUAAUGGAAAGGUCAUUGUUACUUGUUGGGGCAUUGAGUCAGUUUUGGUCACUAGAGAAUGCUCUGGCUUUCCAAUUCCAUCCUUCCCAAACUACAUGCUGUGUAAUCAGUCAGUGCUCAGUGUGGGGACAGUGGGAGGUGGCAGAGGUGGUAAGUCGGCCUGUUUAGGUUAGUAAAGACAAGGAAAUGGUAACUAGGGGAUAAAACUUUUCUUCCCUUUCAUAAACUUCUGGGUCAGCCCUUAGACGCUGUGUGUUCCUCACCUUCAUAGCCUGACUGCUUGUCAUCUUAAGGCAUGAUCAGAAACCAGGGGAACAGAGCCCAGUUUCAUUAUUAGUGACCACAUUCUACAGAGACGGAGCCUCAAUUGUGCAUUAAUGUCCUGGUUCACAGAGAAAACACUUUGAGGAUGCAACUUUAUAGAAACCACUCUGCAAAAGUCCUUCCCUGGGACUCAGCAGCUGUUCCUCCAUGGAAGGACAUUACAACUAACCAGCACGUUCACGAUAGUUCUGUAAGGCACCAAACAGCCUCUGAGACCAAUGAUUUCAUGUCAUUCUGUUACAGCAACUCUUCAAUAUCUGUACUUUAACUAUUUUGCCAAGCUCCAAAGCAGUUUCACUUUUGAAAAGCCUUUAUUUCCUUCUGUCUGCACGUAACUUCCUCAGCAGGAGUAAAAUGUUAACUGCACAGAUUAAUCAGUCAAAAUUCACAGUGCUUCACCUCUAGUUUUCACUUAAAAUAAUACUUAAGCUGUUAAACUUUUGUUUUUAGGUGUUCCUUCCUGGAUUCUCUUCAAGCUCCAUCCCUUCCAGGAGCACAGCUACAUGUCUCUCACCUGUGCUCCCACAGCUGACCCGACACUUGGCUCAGCUCAUUGAUCAGAGGAUCAGGCUGUGGUUAUCAAUAUCCCAUAUAGACACGUAAAGAAAAUAUCUUCCUUGUAUACCAGACUGCAACGCGCAGGAGUUACAGCUGUAGCUUCAAAAGAUGGUUUAUAUAUUGGUAAAACAACAAAAGAUGGUUUAUAUAUUGGUAAAACAACAAAAGAUGGUUUAUAUAUUGGUAAAACAACAAAANGUUUAUAUAUUGGUAAAACAACAAAAGAUGGUUUAUAUAUUGGUAAAACAACAAAAGAUGGUUUAUAUAUUGGUAAAACAACAAAAGAUGGUUUACAUAUUGGUAAGAUGAGAUAUGCUGAUAUAUUUAUGGAGACUGAAUAUACCAGGCACUACCCUGAGCAGUAACUUUCUAACUUUCAUUAUUAGUUCAAGUUGUGUUUCUUUGCUGCUACAAUACAAAUUCAGGGAAGACUUUCUCCAACUGCCAACACUUUGUGCAGCACAGAGCUAAUAUUUUUGUCAUUAAUAUUAAUUAUUAUUAUCCUGGCAGGCCACAAGGAGCUAACACACAGUGUAUUACUACAAGCUCUGGGUGGUUUCAUUGCGAUUAAACAGCGAUACCAGCCCCCCCCGCCCCGUGGCUCCGCUCAA